AUGGUGGUGCCAGGUGAUGUGGUGGCUGGGGCGCCGGGUGAUGUGGUGAUGCUAGGUGGCACUGUGGAGGAGCAUGGUCAUACCGAGGUGGCUCGGGAUCCUCUUGCUACAGAGGUGGCUCAACCUGUGGCAGCAGGGGAGAGUCCGAGGAACUGCCGUCCGGGAUCACUGGAUCCAAAAAAAGUUGGUGGCAAGAUUGUUCUUUGCAUUGACAAUGAUCCAACUGUAUCAAGGCGAAUCAAGAAAUUGGUUGUAGAGGAUGCUGGCGCCAAAGGGAUGAUUUUGAUCAAUGAGGAUGAGAAAGGUGUGCCUUUUGAUUCAGGUGUAUUUCCAUUCGUGGAAGUUGGAAACAAAGCAGGGUACAAGAUUCUUAAGUACAUGAAUUCUAACAAGAAGCCAACUGCAACGAUCCUUCCAACAGUUAAUGUUUCAAAAUAUAAACCAGCACCUGUUGUUGCAUUCUUCUCAUCAAGAGGUCCUGGAGGGCUCACAGAGAACAUUCUCAAGCCAGAUAUAAUGGCUCCAGGUGUUGCCAUUUUAGCUGCAAUAACUCCAAAAACUGAAGCAGGAAAGGUUGUCAUCAGAGAAGAGCCCUCCCAAUUCGGUAUAAGAUCUGGAACAUCAAUGGCUUGUCCACAUGUCACAGGGGCUGCGGCAUUCAUUAAAUCAGUGCACCCUGGUUGGAGCCCUUCCAUGAUCAAGUCAGCUCUUAUGACAACAGCAACUUUGAGAGACAACACGGGGAGGGCUUCUAGAAAUAACUCAGGUUACACAGCAAAUCCACAUGAGAUGGGAGUCGGAGAAAUAAGCCUCUUUCGAGCUCUGAAUCCAGGACUAGUAUUGGAAACUACGGCCAUUGACUAUCUUCAAUUCCUUUGCUAUUACAAUUAUUCGAAGAAAACUAUCCGAUCUAUUGCCAAAACGAACUUCAGUUGUCCAAGAAACUCUUCCCCCUCCCUCAUUUCCAACAUCAAUUACCCCUCUAUUUCUAUAGGGAGCUUGGAUCGGUCUAGGGCUGUCCAGAUAAUUCAAAGAACUCUAACGAAUGUGGGAUCACCGAAUACCACGUACUUGGCUCAUGUGCAGACUUCGAAUAGAUUAAUUGUCAAAGUUUCUCCCAAAAAGAUUGCUUUCAAAGAAGGUACAAGAAAGGUUUCUUUUAAGGCUUCAUUUUAUGCACAUGAGGCCCCGGUAGGUUACAAUUUUGGAUCCAUUACAUGGACCGAUGGCGAGGAGCACAGCGUACGAAUUGUUUUUGCAGUGAAUGUUGAAUAAGUCGAGCUCGUAGAUGUACAAAAUCAACAAAAGAAUGCAAUUUUUAUAAUUUCAACAUAAACUUUUGAGAAAGAAACGAUUAUCUAGAAACUAGAAUGCAAAGCUUUGGAAUUACCAAGAUACAAAAUAAUUAAUGGAAUUGAUGGAUAAAAGAUUUUUCAUCUCACAGAGGUUAGCAUUGAGAGAAUUUUCUUUGGUUAUUUUUUUAUGUUGUAGAAAUUUACUCAA